UGUGCAGAGCUGUAUUGUGUAUUUGUGCUACUGAUGUGGCUCCUCUGUGCUUGUUCUCUCCUCCCAUCUCCUCUCACUCACUUCUCAUAAACACACCCUGUUUGUGAUCCCUCUCUGGCCGAAUAUUCCGAGCCCGUUGUGCAAUGUGAGCGGCACUUUAAAGAAGAAGCAGCCCCAGGAGGAUCUCGCCCAGUGAUAAAGGGGACACGCUAAGCAAGGUUGAUUGUAUCUACGGGUUCCUCAGACCUCCCUACUACCAUGACUACCGCAAUCCUUGAAUGUAUCAGCACCCUCUCCAUCAGCGUCCAGCAGCUGCGCCGCCUUCCAAGGUUCCUAGAAGGCAGCACCACCAAGAUGCCCUUGACCGUUAAGGAUUCAGAUGUGCCCCGUCUCUUCCGGGAACCCUAUAUCCAGACAGGAUAUCGACCGAUGGACCAAGACUGGAAGUAUUACUUCUUUAGUCUAUUUCAGAAGCACAACGAGUCCAUCAACGUGUGGACACAUCUCUUGGUGGCCCUGGCUGUGGUUCUUCGGGUGGUUGCCUUUGUGGAGGCCGGCUUUCUUUCUCUGAAUAUCAUAUCUUUCCCUUUAUAUUUAUACGUGCUAGCCUCACUCACCUAUCUCAUGUGCAGCACCCUGGCUCAUCUGCUCCAGUCCAAGUCAGAGCUGGAUCAUUACACCUUCUACUUCAUGGAUUAUGUAGGAGUAAGCACUUACCAAUAUGGCAGUGCUUUGGCUCACUACUACUACAGUUCCAACCAAGCUUGGUAUGACGAGGCCUGGUACUUCUUCUUACCAGGAGCUGCUUUCUUAGGUUGGCUGUCUUGUGUCGGUUGCUGCUAUGCUAAAUACUGUUAUAAAAGGCCCUAUCCGGUGAUGAGGAAAAUAUUACAGGUUGUCCCAGCUGGUCUAGCGUACAUCUUGGACAUAAGCCCCGUUGUCCACCGGAUAGUUACCUGUCAAAUAGAAGGCUGCACAGACAAGGCCAUCUGGUUCCACUCUCUGCAAUUUAUAUUCUUCAUCAUCGGAGCCUAUUUCUUUUCAUGCCCUGUCCCAGAAAAAUAUUUCCCAGGUUCCUGUGAUUUCAUAGGUCACGGCCACCAGAUUUUCCACGUGUUCCUUGGCCUCUGCACCCUCUCCCAGUUGGAGGCACUUUUUAUAGAUUACCAGACCAGGAAUGAGCUUUUUUCUGCCAGAUACAGUUCCAUCGACACCUUGGUGAAUUGUGCCUCGUUCUUCUUGCUCAUAUUUUGCAGCGCUUUCACUGCCGUUUAUGCACGGAGAAGAAUCAAGGACAAGUUGGCCAGGAAAGAACUGUAAGGAGGGACUUUAUUAAGGACUGCUUGACCCAAAUCAUUUAAUUGGAAGCUCUUAUCAACACAACAAUAAGACCCGUUGGCUUUAGAAUAGGAAGGUCAAGUCUCUUUUAUAGCCCAAUGUAUUUUUAAAAAUAAGACCGAGAGGUUAUACGUUGGGUCAACGGCUGGUCCUUGGCCCACUAAGUUUUAUUUAGGGUCCAAUUCUUUUUUU